UCAUUUAGUUAAACUCAAUCAUUUACUAAAGAACCUACUAGUAGUUAGUCGAAGUGUUUAUUUAAAUUUUAAAGACAUUAUUUUUUGAGGUUUUUGUGGUUUACACGAUAGUGAUAAAAAAAUAUUUUCGAAAAUAUAUUCGGUGUCUUCUCAAACAUAUAAAUAGCCUGAAAUUAAGUGCAAUUUUAAGUUAUUUGGUUUUUCAAAACUUAAGAAUUACAAUAACGGUGUUGAAAAUUAAAAAAAAAAAUAAAUUUAGUGUACUGUAUUUAAAAACCAAAAGAAUUAAAGAAAAAUCCAAAAUGGAAGUGCCGCCACCUUUAGUUUUGAAACGUUCCUUAUAUGUUCCCAAUAAAACCUUGAUGGGACCAGGUCCAUCAAAUUGUUCACAAAGAGUUUUAUCUUCCUUAAGUAAUCCAGUUUUGGGUCAUUUACAUCCGGAAUGUUUACAGAUAAUGGAUGAAAUUAAAGAGGGCAUCAAGUAUGUUUUUCAGACAUUAAACGAUGCAACUAUGUGUAUAAGCGGUUCCGGUCAUGCCGGCAUGGAGGCCGCACUCUGCAACUUAAUCGAAGAUGGUGAUAUUGUUCUACUAGCUACGACCGGUAUUUGGGGUCAUCGUGCCGCCGAAAUGGCAAAACGUUAUGGUGGUGAUGUGCGUUACGUUGAAGCUCGCUUUGGUCGUUCUCUGACUGUUGAUGAGAUUGAGUUUGCAAUGGAAGGUCACAAACCACAGAUAUUUUUUAUAGCUCAAGGCGAUUCAUCGACCGGCAUCUUGCAGUCGAACUUGAAGGAGAUUGGUGAAUUGUGUCGCAGAUAUAAUUGUUUAUUUGUUGUUGAUACGGUAGCCUCAUUGGGUGGCACUGAAUUUUGCAUGGAUGAGUGGUUUGUAGAUGUGGCCUAUACAGGUUCACAAAAGGUACUCGGUGCUCCUCCUGGUAUUACACCCAUCUCUUUUAGUAAACGUGCCAUUAAACAUGUAGUGGAACGUAAGACUAAAGUAAAAGUUUACUAUUUUGAUGUACUGCUGAUUGGUCAAUAUUGGAAUUGUUAUGGUUCCCCACGCAUCUAUCAUCAUACCAUUUCCUCGACUCUUUUAUACGGCCUCAGGGAGGCUUUAGCACAAUUUUGUGCUCAAGGUUUGAAAGAAGUCAUACAUCGACAUCAGGAAUGUUCAUACCGUUUACAGCAAGGUAUCAAGGACCUAGGAUUGGAAUUGUUUGUGCCAAAUCCCAGUGAUCGAUUACCCACUGUUAAUACCGUUAAAGUUCCCGUGGGUAUUGAUUGGCGUAAGGUCGCCGACUAUACCAUGAGGAAAUACAACUUAGAGAUUAGUGGAGGCCUUGGACCCACUGUAGAGCAUGUCUUCCGCAUUGGUCUUAUGGGUGAAAAUGCCACCUUUGAACGUGUCGAUUUGGUCUUAAACGUUUUGCAUGAAGCCAUACAAAGUACCAAGUUAAAUAGUUUAGUAAAUGAAAAAUCAAAAAUUUAAUUAAUUAUAUACCCAUAAAUGUAAGAAAACAAUUAAAGAUUAUCAGAAUUAAGAUACAGUUUUUCAUAUGUAUAUCAAUACAUUUAAUAAAUCAAAUAUGUAUUCAGUUUUAUUUUAA